UUAUUAUUCUUUUAUCAUAAUAAUGUCAGUACAUGCUAAAUACCAGUCUCCUUUGACUUCUCGUUAUGCCUCCAAAGAAAUGGCUUAUAACUUUUCUGAAGAUAAGCGUUACACUACUUGGCGUAAACUUUGGCUUAACCUUGCUAUUGCCGAACAACGUCUUGGUUUGACUGAUAUCACUGACGAAGCUAUUGAACAAAUGCGCGCCAACUUGGACAAUAUUGACUAUCAAGUAGCUGCUGAAGAAGAAAAGAAACGUCGUCAUGAUGUUAUGGCUCAUGUUCAUGCUUUUGGUUUGGUGGCUCCCAAAGCUGCUGGUGUUAUUCACGUUGGUGCUACUUCUUGUUAUGUCACUGAUAAUGGUGAUCUUAUUAUUUUACGUGAUGCUUAUGAUUUGGUGAUCAAGAAAUUGGUACAUGUGAUUGAUAUCUUGAGCAAGUUUGCAAAAGAAUAUCGUGAUCUUCCUACUCUUGGUUUCACUCAUUUCCAACCUGCUCAAUUGGUCACUGUGGGUAAACGUGCUACUCUUUGGAUUCAAGAAUUGUUAUGGGAUUUACGUAAUUUCGAACGUGCUCGUAAUGAUUUGAAAUUCCGUGGUGUCAAGGGUACUACUGGUACUCAAGCUUCUUUCAUGGCUUUAUUCAAUGGUGAUCAUGAUAAGAUUGAAGAAUUGGAUCAACUCGUGACUGAAUUAUCUGGAUUUUCUGAAGCUUACCCAGUGUGUGGUCAAACUUAUUCUCGCAAGAUUGAUAUUGAUGUCUUGAAUCCUCUUUCUGGUUUUGGUGCUACUUGCCAUAAAAUUGCCACUGAUAUUCGUUUAUUAGCUAAUCUCAAGGAAAUCGAAGAACCUUUUGAAAAGGAUCAAAUUGGUAGCUCUGCUAUGGCUUACAAGCGUAACCCUAUGCGAUGUGAACGUGUAUGCUCUUUGUCUCGUCACUUGAUGGUCCUUGUCAAUGAUGCUCUUCAAACCAGUGCUGUACAAUGGUUCGAACGUACUUUGGACGACAGUGCUAUUCGCCGUAUCUCUUUACCUGAAGCUUUCUUGACCACCGAUAUUUUGUUGACCACUUUACAAAACAUCUUUGAAGGUAUGGUUGUGUAUCCCAAGGUGAUUGAACGUCGUAUCCGUCAAGAAUUACCCUUUAUGGCUACGGAAAAUGUCAUCAUGGCCAUGGUGAAGAAAGGAGGUGAUCGUCAAGAAUGUCAUGAACAAAUCCGUGUCCUCUCUCAUCAAGCUGCUCAUGUUGUCAAGAUGGAAGGUGGUGAAAAUGAUUUGAUUGAACGCAUUCAAAAGACUGAAUACUUCAAGCCUAUCUGGGAUGAAUUACCUGCUCUCUUGGAUCCUUCCACUUUCAUUGGCCGUGCUCCUCAACAAGUCGAUAGUUUCUUGGUCAAGCAUGUUGAACCUGCUUUGGCUCCUUAUGCUGAAGCUCUCAAGGACAAGACUCGUGCUGAAUUGUCUGUUUAGAUCUUUUUUUUUUUUAUCGUUAUUAUUAUUAUUCGUUUGAUUGCAUUCAUCUUUUUAGUAUAGACUUUUUUUUUUAUAACAUGUCCUUAUAUAUACAUAGAUAUUUUAUACU